AUGUCCAACUUCGAGGCCGUCUCAAGUGCUGACAUGCGCUGUUUUGCCUACAAAAUCGGCUACAUGUCGAAGUACCGCAUUGAGCGAGAAGCCCGCAAGACUGAGCCGCGGCUAUUCAAGCUGAUCGGCCAUGCAUCUCUAUUCGACAGCGCGAAAAAAUACAUUGUCGAGCACAUUGAUGACGACGAUGACGAGGACGACUUUGACCACGACGAUGAACUAUCCGACGACCUGACCUCCAUUGACCAUAUCGAGGAACUCGACCUCGACGAUGACGUUGAGUGUGCAGAAGCGUUACCACCAAGCUACGCUGAAUCGCAAUCCCAACAUCAAUAUUACCAAGCCUCGACGAAACGCAUCAGUCGACCGGUUCAGAGACCUCAGCAAGUGGUCCUGGCGACGCCCGCCGAAGACGGCCUCCCUCAUCACUACGAGACCGAGGAUUGGGAAAACGUCAGCGACGUGAGCACCGAGGCAGGCGACAGCGACAGCGACAGCGAUUGGAGCGAGGCGACCUGCGAAGGCGACGAGCACGUUGUCGAUGCGGUUACCGCCGCCUCGCACCCCGCCCGCAAAAUCCUCGAUAUGUGUGAGCUGCCGACCUCGCAGUUCUCCAUGCCCACGUACGAACCGGUGGACGACGAUCUGGUUCUAUGGGCGCAACAGCCGAAAGUCUUUUCGCAGAGCCAGGCGGACAAUCUACUCGUCGACAUCUUUGCUUGA